AUGACCGCCACUUUGCGCCCGUAUCUGAAUGCGGUCCGGGCCACGCUGCAGGCCGCGCUCUGUCUGGAGAACUUCUCGUCUCAGGUCGUGGAGCGGCACAACAAACCUGAGGUGGAGGUCAGGAGCAGUAAAGAGCUGCUGCUUCAGCCCGUCGUCAUCAGCAGAAAUGAAAAAGAGAAGGUUCUCAUCGAGGGAUCCAUCAACUCUGUGCGCGUCAGCAUCGCCGUCAAACAGGCUGAUGAGAUCGAGAAGAUCCUGUGCCACAAGUUCAUGCGCUUCAUGAUGAUGAGGGCAGAGAACUUCUUCAUCUUGAGGAGGAAACCAGUGGAGGGUUACGACAUCAGCUUCCUGAUCACCAAUUUCCACACAGAGCAGAUGUACAAACACAAACUGGUUGACUUUGUCAUUCACUUCAUGGAGGAAAUUGACAAAGAGAUCAGUGAGAUGAAGCUGUCGGUGAACGCCAGGGCCAGGAUCGUCGCCGAGGAGUUCCUCAAGAACUUCUGA